GGUGCUUGAUUAUUUGUUUAUAAGAUUUGGAUUUGAUUUUGUUGAGUUGAGUUAAUUUGAGUUGAAGUUGAAGUUGAGUCUCACUCCCAAGACAAAGACGAGACGAAAACACAUCAUUUUAUAAUCGUUUCAAGAGGACGAUGACGAAGACCAAACAUAAAUCUGGAUAUCGAGAUAGGGAGCAGAGUCUCUCUUCAUCCUCAUCCUCAUCCUCAUCCUCAUCCUCAUCUUCAUCUUCAUCAACCGUCCCAAAUCCAGCUCCACGAUGUGCUUCCCCCACCCGCUCUCGCUCCCGCUCCCCCUCCGCCUCCACAUCCAGCUCUUCCUCUUCCUCGCGCUCUUCCUCAACCCCCCCACCAAACCAACCCAAACACAAACACACACACAAACCCAAGCACCCCUUUUUCUCCCUCCUCUCCAGCGCUGAAUCUCUAUAUUCGAAACAUAUGCUGCACGCACACCAGCGUCGCAAACUAGCUCUUGAGAUUCGGGAGCUUGAGGCGCAUUCUCGCCAGAGACGGGAUCGAGAUCCUCCUAUUUCUCAGCUGCGGAGGAGAAGUCGUGAAUACACAUCCUCAUCUCCAUCCCCAUCCCCGGCCCUGUCCCAUACACAUACACAUACGCAUACGCAUACGAAUCAGCCGCAACAGCAACAUACCCUCCUCCACGCAGCCACAGCCUCCCUAAUCGCCGGCGCCGCGACAGCUUAUGACCAGCGACCUCGACCUGGGGAGGAGCGGGGAGAGAGGAAGGAAUGGGAUGAAAAGGGAAAGAAGAAGAGAAAAAGAAAAAGGAAAAGGAGGGUGUUGAUGGCGGCGGGGGUGGCGGCGCUUACGUAUUUGGUGGUGAGGAAAGGGGAGAAGGAGAGGGAGAGUGCGGGGGAAAUGGGUGUCGAGGUGCCGGUUGCGGUUUUGGCGGGGUUGGGGGCGGAGGGCGUGGUUUGGGGGGAUGAGGAUAGGGAUGGAUGAGAGAGAAGGGCUUCUUUCUGAUCAUAUUGGUAUAAAGGGGUGUAGAGAACUAUGAUCCGUCCCCCCUUUUUUUAACCGAGGACUGCUAUUUCUUGAUACACGCUGGGAGUAUAAAGCGUAGCAGACGCCCUCCCACAACCAGACCAUCUUUAGUAUGGAAAUGGAUAUCUAUUUUCAAUUCGAUACAACCGCUUUCACGCCUCUCCCAGACCGAAUAGUACGAAAUCUCUCAACGCCUG